AUGGCACCUCAUCUACCAAUCCCAGUGCCAACUUGGACAACAGCAGACUCCCCCUCGCGGGUGGUAGCACGGCAAGCUGUGACCACAGUGACCGUCGUCGCAAGCAAUGACGACUGUGUGAACUGCACCCAACUCAGCGGCGGCGCCAUCGCCGGCAUUGUCAUUGGCUCAAUUGCCGGAUUCCUCCUCCUACUCUGGAUCAUCCGCUCAUGCUUCAACCUCGGGGCGCCACCGAAGGAGCGGGAGAAGGCGUGGCUCAAGACGGCGCGGGCGCAGCCGAAGCUACCGCGCAUCCUCUACCUACUCGGUACCGGCGGUUGUGAUCAAUGA